AGCAGUUGGCUCCGAACGCGUUCGUCGGAAAGUGGCACACCCGUUUGCGCCAGCGAUCUUCCUCCCAGCCGCUCAGGGUCACAACUGAACCAGCCGGCGAGAGCGCCGCUGAAAAAAGAAAGAAAGAGGCCUGACUACGGAGCGCGAUGCCACCGACACGACCCCCGGCUCCGGCUGUGCGACCCGUGGCACCAACGACAUCACCCACCGCGGCGGCGGCGGCUGCUGCUGCUACAAACACACCCGCUGCUCGAACUGUCAGACCCACGGUUCCGGCGACCUUACCUUCGGCGCCGGCGGCCCCAAGGACCGGUGGUGGAGCGGCGGCGAGACCCGCCAUGAUGGCCGCGCCACCUGGAGGCGUCAUGAUGCUACCGGCAGCCCAGCCGGCAGUGAGGUCACGUGGCCCCUUCGUUCAGAUGCCGACGCUACAGCUCGUGCAGCCCAACGUGCAACCGAUCGCGGGCUGCCCCGCCGGACUCGAGUACCUGGCGCACGUCGACCAGCUGCUAGUGCACCAGCAGAUCCAGCUCCUGGAAUUGAUCGUGCCAUUUGAGCAGGAGAACAAGUACGUCGUCAAGAACACCAUGGGCCAGUUCAUCUUCAUGGCGUACGAGAAGAGCGACCUGGGGAGCCGCUGCUGCUGCGGCAGCAUCCGGCCCUUCGAGAUGUCGCUGCUCGACUACCGGAGCGUCGAAGUGUUGCGGCUGUACCGGCCGCUCCGCUGCGGGGGCUGCAUCUGCUUUUGCUGCCUCCAGGAGAUGGAGGUUCACUCUCCGCCGGGCAACAUCAUCGGCUCGAUAAAGCAGGACUGGUCCGUCGUCUUUCCCUACCUCUCGCUUCGGGACAGCGGCGGCAACGUAGUGCUCCGGGUCAUCGGGCCCUUCUGCACUUCGUCCAUAUGCUGCAACGACGUCGUCUUCGACAUCAUGACCAAGGACGGCAAAACAAAGAUCGGUCAGUUGUCGAAGAACUUUAACGGCCUGUUUCUGGAGGCCCUUACCGACAUCGACAACUUCACGGUGACCUUCCCCAUCGACCUGGACGUCAAGAUGAAGGCCACGCUGCUAGGCGCGGUCUUCUUGAUUGACUUCAUGUUCUUCGAGAGCUCCGCCGGUGGGUCCAACAUGGAUCUUCCCGGCAACAUCAUAAAUUAGUUAUUCGACGAUCACCGAUUUUGUCCUGCCUCCCUAAAGACACACCAGGCUGCUCACACAGGCUGAAGCCAUGACACGUCUUCAGGGCCUGUGCGCGGUCGACUGCGUGUUUCUGAACGCAGCCCCGACAGUAUUUUCGCGCUCACUGCUACGCUCACGUGAAGCAGCUUGUUUUCCGAUUUCGUCGUGCGCUUCAUGCACGAUAUCUCUUUUGGGCCCGCAGAGCCCGCUGACUUAAUGGGAAGAAAGAACCAAAUUUACGUUUUAUUUCGGGCAGCAAAUUUUAAUCCUAGAAUGUUUGACUUGGUUCGUGCCAUUUUGCCUUAAACGUCUUCUCUGUCAUCUCUUGACGAAAAAGAAAAAAAUCUGCAAACGUAUUUGCAAAGUGUGUCAUGUCGAACGAAUCCUGCAGCAUGUCGCGUCUUAUCACACGCAAUACCAGCAGGCUGAGCCGACCUCGCGCAAUAAGCACCAAAAACAAGUAAAACCUCGUUAUAUCGUAUAUAUUCGCAUUACUGAAAAUGGGGUUAUAGCGAAGAGUAAAUUUGGAUGCUUGUAAACAUCACCAUAUGCCCUCAUUUUCUUUAUAGCCAUCUCCACCUGUGUCUAUCCUGCUGAA